AUGUUCAGUUUAACACUCAUUCUUACUUCAUUAUUUUAUUUGUCGUGUAGUCUUCAGUUUUCUAGUGAUAUAGAUGUGAGCACACUGAGUGAGUUGCCUCUGGAAAGACUGUUACAAGUGCAGAGAACUUUUAUCGAUGAUGAUUACAAAAGUGACAAUUUGACCAAUGAAAAUGUUCCUCAAGCUCUUCCAUUGCAAGGAACCCCUAGGCCAAGUAAAAGAGGAGGAUACCACAGUUAUGACGAUGACUACAAGAAAGACAAAAAGGAGAUCCAAAGCAUAUUUCAAAUGUCCGUUACAACUUUAGCCUUUUUAGCCUUUGGAGGAUAUUUGCUGUGUUUAUUGUGCUCAGCAAUCAGCAAUACCAAUUCUACUUCCAACAGUAACACCAACACCCAAGUCGUUCAAGCUAUUAUCAAACAGGCUAACUUUCGAAGGGGAACAAGAAGACCGGUUACCAAUUACAGGAAACGAAGACCCAAUCGAUACAGGAAGAAAUUAAGGCCUAGGAUUAAACGGGAAAUUUGGGUGGAACGGGUUGAGCCUACGGUGCUCACUGAGAAAAUGUAUUGGGCUUUGAUUAGCUUGUCCGAGGGUUAUGCUGGGUACCACACUGUAGAUUAUAAACAUUUUAAUCAUACAAUGCAUUAA